AAACUAGCCCCUCUCUCCACGACUCUUUCAUCCAAACACCAAAAUCUGAACCUGGAGGAGACGAAGGAUGAACUAGGUCUCACAAUGAGUACGACUCUUACUUCCAAACUCCAGAAUCUGAACCUGGAGGAGGAGACGGAUGAGUUAUAUCCGCCUAACUCCACAAUGGCUAUGACCCAUGCAUUCAAACUCCAUCAAGUUCACCUGGAGGAGACGAAGGAUGAGGUUAUAGGUCCGCCUGACGGCCACCUCACUUUCGGUUACAUGAUGAAAUACGAGCCCUUCGACACCCUUCCCAUCGGAUACUUCCCGUGGAAGGAAGUUGAUCAUUAUCCACCCACUUUUGACUAUGGCAUCCCCGUCACUGUAGAAGAAAUCAAGGAUUAUGCUCGUCGGGAAAUUUUCGCUGGAGGGCCCGUUCCUGACGAUUACCGUCGCGUUCUUUUUGGCGUCUUCGAGAAGCUGGACAAUGAAUUCGGGCUGGACCCCGCACUUGGGUUCUUCAUAGGAACGCCCUACUCAAAGACGCAAGGACUAGUGAUACUCAAAUUCAUCGACAACUAUUUCUGUCCGUUUUCAGUUGAAAAGGUGAACCUUAUUGUUGAUGGAAUAAAGAAAGCAUUUGGGAAGGCGCCUCAGUGGUUUUUGAGUGGUACUAACAAGAAAUUCAAAGACCAUUAUAAUGUUCCCGACUGGAAACUCGAUAGAUAUGACGCACAUAGAAGGAAGCUUUUAAACUUUUAAUGCAUACGUUUCUGCCAUCUGUCUUCAGGAAGAACAUAAUUCGCGGCGUGGUCACCUCUGGGAAACAGUGAAUUUUUCUCGUUCUCAAGGUCAAUCCUCUUGAUGGCAGUGCUGUAUUUGCGGAAUCCCAUGAAUUGGAACUGACGAUGGUUGACAAGCUGUUUAACAAAACGGUUUCACGCGAUGCGUCCAUCAUAAUUUCAGGGAUUCUCUCGCACUGGAUUCUGCAUAGCCAUGAAGACAUUGGAGAAGAUGACUGGUUGACGUUGCCGCUUGAAUGGAAAGAUGCCGGGC